GGUCAAAUGAAAGAGAGAGAGAGAUAGAGAGAGAUGCCAGACCUUCCGGUUUCCAUCUCCGCUGUCUUUCCCCUCAUCUCUUCUGCAUCUACCCUAAUUUCUCUCCGAUUCCAAUUCUGGUGACGUUCAAUUCAGCAAAUUCAAGAAGAUCUUCCGUUCCUGGAUCAGCAAUGUCAAUCCUCCGCAUGUUCCUCCCCACCGCUUCCAACGGAUCAGAGUUUGAGCUUCGCCGCUGGCUAUCGCCCCCUUUCCCUCGUCGCCUCCCCGCAGCGCACUCUCCCUCCUCCGCCGCCGCCGCCAACGCCCUCGGCACCAACGUGUACACGAGCCUUAGGGAGCUAAUCGUUUCCUCCCCGCCGAGCCCUUUCACGUCACCAACGGCGGCAGGUUUCGAGAUCCAGAUUCGGAACCCGCUCGUGAAGCAGGCAGCCUACGCCUAUCUCCAGAUGACUCCAUCGUCCAUUCGAAGCCAGCAGCCUCAUAGCAGAUUUCUUCUUGCGUUGUCGGACGCAUUCCGGCCGCUCAGGCGCUGCUUUGGGUACAUCGGCCGGCUUCUAUGCUGUUCACCGGCUUACAACGCGUGGUGAAAGGGAAGGAAUUAAUGACCGAACUUUUUUUUUUUUUUUUUGGGAUCUCUUACUGUUACUCGGUGAAAUUUAUAAAUUUAAAUAAAGUUUAGGUUUUUUUUA